AAAAGGUUACAAACAGCACCCUUUUCUUUAAUAUAUGCCAGGCGUAUGAACUUGACAUACUCUGCACUUGAAGUCUACCGAUUACACCAUGAUAAUCCCAACAAACAGCCCAUGAUGUACCAGCAGCUACUAGAUAUGCUAGAUUAUAUUGCUGGUGUUGUAUUCUCCGCUAUUCAUCAAUGA